GAAAUAGUUGCUGCACUCCAGCUAGGCAGCACAAGCCUCUUGUAUUGGCACAGAACAACAGAGACCGGGAACUGAUUCAACAAAGAUUUUUCAGAAGGCCUCUGUAGGCUACAAUAUCUGCGUUUGGACAAAGACACAUUUGGGGGUCAAUCACGUUUCCUAAUUGACGGAAUCAAGCUUGAAAGUAAAAAAAAAAAAAAAAAAAACGUAGCCACUACCACACCGCUCGUUAGCCUGAUGACUAUUCACAAAGCUAGCUAGCCAACCAAAUGGAUGCUACGAAUGACUGAGCUAGCAUCCGUCAGCUAGUUGCUAGUUCUGAACAAUUUCCUGUGUGAUUGUUCAGUUUUCAAGUUACAAGACACGGCUUUGAAACCGCGGGUCGUGUCAUUACUUGCAGCGCCGUGAGAAUAUUUCGGCUAACCAUACAGAUUUGUCAAGCAAAGCCAUUUGCUAUGUGUCGUUAACAACAAACAUAGCUGAGUACUUAUCGUAGCCGAAGCAAAAAGCGCAGGUAUUUUCCAUUGUGGAGGCUCAAUUUGGUCAUAUCUCUUCAGUACUUGAAGAAUAACGUUUUGCAGUUCGCAUCCAAACGGACCAACUGGACAAUAGAAUCCAAAGGGGACAGUUUAAAUCGCCUAGCAGAUUUCCUCGUGUUUUUGUAAACUGAAAGAAAGGACCUGCAUCGCAAGCUAAUUUGAUUUGCUUGGCGAAGGAGUAGCCAUACCGCUAGAAACUGACAUGAUGUUUCCACAAUCCAGACACUCGGCGUCCUCCCAGUCCGCCCAGACCCUCAAGUUCACCACCUCAGACUCCUGCGACCGCAUCAAAGACGAGUUCCAGUUCCUGCAAGCACAGUACCACAGCUUGAAGUUGGAAUGUGACAAGCUGGCCAGUGAGAAGUCGGAAAUGCAGCGACACUACAUCAUGUAUUAUGAGAUGUCUUAUGGCCUCAACAUUGAGAUGCACAAACAGGCGGAGAUCGUCAAGAGGUUAAAUGGAAUCUGCGCUCAGGUGCUACCUUACCUGUCUCAAGAGCAUCAGCAGCAGGUGCUGGGGGCCAUCGAGAGGGCCAAGCAGGUCACGCCUCCUGAGAUGAACUCCAUCAUCCGGGUAGGCACCCAACAGAGUCAGCAGCUCCAGGCUCACCAGCUGUCUCAGCUGCAGGGUUUGGCCCUGCCCAUGACGCCCCUCCCCCUGGGCCUGACUCCGCCCUCCCUGCCCUCCGUAUCCACCAGCGGAGGACUCUUCUCUCUCUCAUCCAUACUCGCAUCACAGGCCCACCUCGCCAAGGAUGACAAGGCGCCGCGCGACCCCCCCGACAACCACCGCGACGAGGACGGAGACAAGUCCGACUAGAACGCCACGCCACGAGAGCGGGGGAGGGGGAGGGGGUGACCACACGGUGGAGAGGGGAGGGGGGUGGUGUGUGUCUGUGCGUGUGUGUUUUUGGGGAGGCGAAGGGGAUGGGGCUUUUGGCUCUUUUUCUUUUUUGCUUUCCGUGUGCGUGAGUGUGUGUGUGCGUGCGUGUGUAUAUGAGGCAGUUCAUAGCUGUGUUCCAUGCUUCAAAUUGGCUAGUUUGUUAGUGUGUCUUUCUUGCCCUGUGCGGAUGUUUUCCUCGUGUAUGCUUGUGCGGCUGUUAAGAAUGCGUGUAUGUGGGUUUUUUUAUACAUACAUAUAAAUAUAUACAUUGUUUUUGUAUAUUCUAAAAGAAAAUCAAAGCAUGUAUUAUUUUAUUUGUUUGUCAUCUCCACCUCUUCUGCUCUGUGUGUGUGUGUGUGUGUGUCUGCGUGUGUCUGCGUGUGUGCGUGUCAGAUUUCUACUCUUGUGGGAGUAGAAUCUCCUCACAACAGUGUAUUCAUCUUUUUGUUGUAAAUGGCAAAAAUUAAACAUGCAAAAUUGCA